UCGUUUGGCUGCUGCACACAACACACAGCAUGGAGGACAUAUGAGGAUGUCCUACAACGGUUCAUGGUAUACCCCACUCAAGAAGCAUCAGGGAUCCGUUAUCAUAAACGGAUGGCAUUGACACUAUAGUGUCUUGAUUCAGAGGGGUGUGAAGAUGUGGUGUCUGAGGCUGGGCAUAUUGUUGCCUGGACCGCUGUUCCACGCUGCCCCACGUCAUGGCCUCCAUAAACUGGCCUCUGUCCAGUCUGCCUCAACGCUGCCAAAGCGCAAGUUUCAAGGCCUGCUGUACCCCUUCAGUGUGCUGGACCCCUACCUCGACAGGUCGGUGGACAGGACUAACUUCCAGUUGUUUCAGCCCUGCUUGGAGGACAUAGUGAAAGCUGAGCAGCUGUUCCACCCAAGCCGGUCUAAUCAAAUCGAUUACCUGAGUUCUGCAGUGAGGAUGGACCAUGUGCCUGCCCUAACACAACCAGAGGUGUGCUUCAUUGGGAGAAGCAAUGUUGGCAAGUCAUCUCUGAUCAGAGCUCUGUUCUCCCUGAGCCCCGAGGUGGAGGUCAGAGUAUCCAAGACACCAGGACACACCAAAAAGAUGAACUUCUUCAAAGUGGGGAAGGCGUUCAGCAUAGUGGACAUGCCAGGCUACGGACACAGAGCUCCCACAGACUUUGUUGACAUGGUGGAGCCCUACCUGGAAACAAGGAGCAAUCUGGUGAGGACAUUCCUAUUGGUGGAUGGUAGUGUUGGUAUCCAAAAGGCUGACUUUAUUGCCUUGGAAAUGUGCGAGGAGAUGAGGCGGCCGUACGUGAUAGUGGUCACCAAGAUCGAUAAGUGUGGCCACGGAGCCCUGCUGACCAACCUGUUGAGUCUCCAGGAUGUUGUGAGGGACCGCACCUCCAGCUGCUUCCCCCAGCCCAUUCUGGUCAGUUCCCACCACUUCUCGGGGAUCUACCUGUUAAGGUGCUUCAUCGCUCACGUCGCGGGGAAGGUUGAACUGUCCAACACCGCCAAGGGCCAAGCCAAACAUCAUUUGUGCAACCAUGUGAACUAAGAUAUUAUAUAAACACACAUUUAUUGAUGUUUUUGUUCAUAAUAAUAUUAAUUAAGUAUGUCAUUAACGCUCUCUCUCUUGCCUGUAUUUUGUAUCUCUCACACUCACUGAUGUCUCUCAUUCUAUAUUUUUCUCUAGUCUCACUCAUACUCAUCUCUUGCUUACACUAUGAUGAGGAUCAUUGUUAAAAAAUCUAAAAGAUGCAGUAUACAGGAUUUACAUUUAAGCUAUUUUACUUUAUUUUUAUUUUGUAAACAUGUUGGAUUUGUUGAAUAAAUGAAAACUCUAAAUACUGCAGCUUUAUUUUUGUGUUGACUACUUUAUGUUUACUUUCGACAUGAACAAAGUUUAAAAGCCCUAGUGUUUGCAUUUGGACAAUCUGUGCCAGGUCUGCUAAAGAUGUUGAGCCCCCUUUCUUUUUCAGUGUCCUAUUUCUAGAAAGACUCCACCUCUAGAGCCUAUAUUCCUUGUCUGGAGAUGGAGGAUCUUUAUAUGUGUUAACUCCAAGCUAUUGAUAUAAAAUGUGGGAUAAUGACACAUGCAUUCAUGUCUUUUCCUGGACACUAGUGAACUAACAUCAGACCUGCACCGCAUGUUCAGGUUUGGGGUAUGUUAAAUGUCUAAACAUGUAAGCAAUGCUGUGCUUUGUUUCCUGGUAUUUUAAUGAGCUUCAUAGCAGUAUUGAAAUGUCAUUUUGGAAAGAUAAGCGUUUACAAUCAGGGACGCUGUAGUUAGGCCUGAUCUUAACAAAGAAAGGUUGGCAUGCAUAAGGCUAUGGCAAUGGGUUGGCUGCGGAGAUUCAUCUAUGCAUACUAUCUGUAGGACUCUGCACCUCAAUGUUCGGAAACCUUUCUACAACCUGUCCAUAUUAUUACUGUGAGGGGAACAAGGGCAUUCAUUUCAUUGUCCUUGUCACAUUAAUUGAGUAUGCAAAAGGCCGGACAUUCAUGAUAGGCGUGUCAGACCAGCUUGCAUGGAGUUAAGACUGAUAACUCCCAACUUAUAAUUCUGCCUCUCAACCCUAAUGUCAUCACGGCAUCCCGAAGCAAUAUGUCUAAACCCAACUUUCUCCAAAAUAAGUGUUUUCAAAUAAAAACUAGAUUACAUUUUCUA